AUGAGUAAAGUCCCUGUUCGAGUUGAUGGAAGAUUUAGACUGGGAGAUGUUCUGGGAUCUGGUUCAUACAGUGUUGUGUACCGCACACAAAACAUCAUAAAUAAUGAUGUAGUUGCUAUCAAACUGGAACCCAUUGUCAAUAAUUUGUCUUCUAUGCAGCAUGAAUACCACAUUUUGAAACAACUCGAAGGUGGGGUUGGCAUACCCCAUGUACUUUGGUUCGGUAGAGAGUCGAUGUACCAUGCUCUGGCUCUCAACCUCCUUGGUUCAUCACUGCAUGAUAUAUUCCUCAUACACGGUCAGAAAUUCAGCCUUCAUACUGUCGUUAAUCUUGGUGACCAACUGCUCUCACGUCUCAAAUACAUUCACUCACACAAUUACGUCCAUGGUGAUAUCAAACCACAGAACGUCAUGGUGGGUCUCAAUGAUUUGAGGCACACUGUCUUUAUUAUCGACUUCGGUAUUGUGAAGGAGUACUGCAACACUUCAACUAGAAUGCACAUACCAUUUCGCCAUGAUCGACGUCUUACCAGCACCCCUGCAUUUGCCUCAAUCAACAACCACUUAGGAGUCGAGCCAGGUCGCCGCAAUGACCUCGAAUCACUGACAUAUAUGUUGAUAUAUUUCUUAUGUGGCUCCCUCCCAUGGUUAUCUGAUGGCCACGAGAAGCUUUCUAGCGCUGCCAUACUCGAGUGUAAAGUAAACACUACUGUUGAAGUCUUGUGUCAUGGAAUUCCUGUCAAGUUUGCGAGUAUUCUCAUUUACUCGCGCUCUCUUGCAUUCUCAGAGGAUCCUGACUAUGACUAUCUUUGUUCAUUACUGCAUGGUCUCCGUGUCACAUUGCCCACAUCAGCCACGUGCUUGCUCGAUUUCGGCAAGCCCGAUGAUCUUUCCACACAUACUCCUGCAAUCCCUGAUGAAUAUUGGGUGACUGAGGUGACACCCCCAUAUCCACUGAAGGCAACGCCUCUUCGCCGAUCAACUUCUCCCAACCACAUGCCCCAACUUCAACUCCAUGCAGCAAAAGUAGCCGACGCUGUUGAUGGAACACAUGUAGCUACUACCCCAGUGAAUCUUGUCUAG